AUGUCAGGUCUACUUGGGGAGGAACUUGUUCAAGCCGGACAUGUGCCUAUCCCUGAUGGACUCUCUGUUGACAACGUUGUUGGAAUUGUUACGGUCUAUGACCAUAGAGCUCACCAUGCAAAUCGCAGCACGGCGUACAGGAAAUCGCGUAUAAGAACUCAGCUAGCCGAUGGCGAGUGGUCCUUAGAUGGCUGCCAUGUUUUCCUUGGUGCCAUUCAGGGACGACAUUGCUACACGAUGGGUCGUGCCGACAACAAGAGCGCAUCGCCAUCGACGCGCGAUGUGUAUUUCCCUGGUAGUAGGGUCGGGAUUCAUCAAUUCAACCUCGCACCGGUAUGGAAGAGCGAUAGCUGGCGUUUGCAGUCCGCUACUGAGACCAUCGCGGAGGUAAAUGGUGCGCCUAUCCAACUCAGCACCCCCCGUACACGAAAACUGUCGAGCCAGUUACCACAGGCCGUCCAUCUGCGACAAAACCUAGUCAAUCACGUUUUGAUCAACGGUUUACGUGUCGAGAUCUUCAUGCUGAAGACUGUACGCGGCCUUUAUCCGAUCCAAGAUUAUCAAUUUCUAGAGUUACGCCCUCAACUACAAGAAGUUGUCCAUCGCCCCGAGACCUGGGCACGGGAUCGAUAUCUGCAACGUCCUGACCGGAUUUCUACCAACACGUAUCGGGUUCUUGAGCGCUUCACCGGCAAUAUCGAAACAGCGAAAUUCUUCCACCAUAACGACAACGGCCAAGAUAUUCGCGACGCUGAGUUUCUAAAAUUGGCAAAGGACAGGGUGGAUGCAUCUCUUGUUCGCUACCUGCAGUCAGUUGAGAUCAAUCAUAUUCCGGCAGUGAUCACCGAAACACAUGAGGGAUUUGAGCCAUAUGCUGCCCUAGAGAAGGACAUCAAGGAACAACAUCCGCGCCUUCGCUUCACAAUCGCCUCGAAGCUCCUGCGACGGCUCAUGUCUGCUCUCACCUUCUUGCAUUUCCACAAGAUUGUGCAUGGGAAUGUUACCAAAGAGAGUGCUUUACUUCGUCUGGUGGACUUCAAGCCUGAAACUGUGCUCCUAGUCGACUACUCGAAGUCAACGUCAUUCCCCAGCGGCGCGCCUGAACCUCUGAAGAGGAUGACCGAAGACGGCCGCGCUGUGAUGGAGAUCGUCGAAAGCUGCUGUGAUAUUUGGCAAUUGCGCAAGGCAGCUACCAAGGAUGCCUACAGCGAAGAAUUUAUGAUGACCAAGACUGAGGCUGCGAGUAGAGAGUUCGAGCUCAUGGAGCGCGUAGUCGCAGACUUCUUUGGGCCUAGAGGCAAGUUGCGCGAGUCGAAGGAAGGCAAGAAGAUGCUCCGCUUGUUAAGCAUGAAACAACAUGGUUGGCAUAAGGCUCGGAAUGACCAAAUCCACAACGCGACUCGUCGCGAGGUCGGACCAUGCCGAUCAGAUAUGAUCAAGGAGAUGGAGCUUGACUGGGUGCUUAUGCAUCCGUCUUCAAAGAUAGGCGAAGAGCAGCAUAUGCUAUUAACUCUUGGACACCCAUACCUAGAUGGCUUGGCAUCGAUCGUCUAUCACAAUCGAUGGGAACUAACGCCCCGAGAGGUAUGCGCAAAGAUACGAGAGCUCGCUGGCGAUGUGGAAGAGCCUUGGCAGAGCUUUUCAGUCAAGCGAACAGUGUUGUUUACGCAAAACGGUACUGGCUUCGAAGAACGUGGCAUCUUAGAUUGGAUAGCAGGCUGUUGUGAGGCCUAUCCAAAGUGGCAUCAUGCUUUUGUUCAGGAGUAUGAGCGCCAGAUCUCGCCCCAGCAUGGGAUAAUCAAGUUCGCUGAGAUCAAGAGGCUCUGGGAUGCUCUUGUAAAACAUGGAACUAUGCCCGAUUUCAUGCAAGCCACAUUUGCGGGAUUGACAACCGGAAACAUCACGAACCAGCCGACGACACACUUUGAGGAGACCCAUCAGGUGUGGUAUCACAAGCCUUCGCGAAUGUUCAACCUCACACAUUUACAUCGACUGGCAGCUCCGGAUCUACUUCUCGCCUGCAUCAAUGAGGGGACCAUAGGAUGUAACAACUUUGUCGAAGUACGCGGAGAGUCAGAAAUAGAGGGUCUAUAUGCUACUCUCUCCUUGUUAGCCGCCUUCAGUUCCUCACUUGAAUUGACAGCGGAUAUUCCAGAUCGUGCGCCGCAGUUCCCACUGUAUGAUCCAGCAGACUUCAGUCAGGUUUUGCACCAUGUCGUUCUUGCUCACACCAGUCUUCUUCCUUGGGCAUCAGUCACACGCCAGGGUGGCCAAUACAACUUCCAUGCACCGCUAGCUCCCAAAGCACCAGAGACUGCUGGGAAGUUCCUACCGACUUACUUUGGCAGUAUGAAGGUGCUGCCCAAAACUCUGAAUGGUAGAGAAGAUUACUCGCGCCCCGAUCACUGGUCAAAGUUCACGACUGCAACAGAGAUCGACGAGGCGGCGGAUUUGGACAAGCGAACGAUCCUGCCAGCAAAGGGCCCAUUGAAGAAGACAACGCUGAAAAAUCGCAAGCAAGCUCUUGCUGGGGCCCAAUCACCAGCGAAACGUAAUGAUGGCGACCAAUCGUCAGUUGCGGUCAUGCCGGCUGCGAAGCGUCUGCAUAUCCUUUCUUCCGUCGAGAACUUGAAUCCAGGUAGCGUACCAUCAGCCCGAGCGCCACAGUUGUCGGCCUCCUUCGUAGACCGUCAACUAGACCAUAUGAUGGCCAACAUAGAACGCCAGUCGCAGUCCCCAUCGCCUGGACGGUUCCCUGACAUCCCGAGGGUACCGAAUGAGUCUUUCUUCCAGCGAGACAAUGGAGUAAAUACCAAUGUCCUUGUUAGCCCGCCCACGGCCGAGGCAGCUACAAAGGACUCGUUCACAAUCGCAUCUGAUGGCGAUUCCAACCUGGAAGACGACUACAAGCAAGCAGAAGCUUGGCUCAACGCGAUGGGCGAUGAGGAGGAACCACAAGUUGCUGGCAUCUUUGGCGUCAAUUUUCAUCAUAGUCUUCGACAGCGGGGGGAUGGAUCGGAUACCGACGCAGAUGAGUCGGAGGAAGACCGG